GAAACCACCUUCCACCCUCCGCCCAAACGUAACGUUGCACCGAGAAAGAGAGCAGAAUGGCCGCCGCCGCCGCCGCCACCUUCUCCCCAUCCACGCCCGCCUUCCUCUCCGCGCCUCGCAGCGGCCGCCAUGGCGCGCGGCGCGUCGCCGUCGCCUGCUCGGUGCCGCUGAAGCGGGUGGCGCCCGAGUCGCUGCAGGCCGCAAGCGGGUCCCUCGUGGGCGUGCCGAGCCGCGGGACUGGGGACCUGGGCGGGCCCGGCGCCAUGGAGUACCUGACGGCCGUGCUGGCCUCCAAGGUGUACGACGUGGCCGUCGAGACGCCGCUGGAGCGCGCCGGCAAGCUCUCGGAGCGCCUCGGGGUCGACCUCCGCAUCAAGCGCGAGGACCUGCAGCCGGUACUAAUAUAUACUCCCUCCGUUCCAAAUAGAUGA